UGCAUCCUCCAAAUCUUCAUUUUCAUUGUAACGUUUAAGAUGAUUGUCACUACCUUCAAAUGGGCCGUUUCUGACAUUUCCAAGCCUGAAUGCUUGAAACUGUGGUGAGUGGAACAGUUCUGAAUUGUCUUACUGCUUGGUUGGGUUGAGUUGUUCUCCAGUCUUGGCAACUGUUAAUUAGUGUGUCUCCGAAUGCUUGGCCUUUUCCGUGGCCCUCCUUAUCCACGGAGGAUUGGUUCUGGGACCCCUCGCGGAUACCAAAAUUCGUGGAUGCUCAAGGCCCUUAUUCAACCUGUCUCAAUGCAGUGGACCUUUGGACCCAGCAGAACCCCAGCCUUUAUUUAACCUAUGUCAGAGUGGUGGACAUUAGGACCCGGUGCCAGAGCUCUGAAUUGCAGUGUUUCUGUUCACGAAAAUAAUAACUAUCACGAUUGAAAUAAAGUGGAAAUAAUAAAGCGAUCGGAAAGGGGUGAAAAGCCAUUGGUCAUUGGAAAAGCGUUAGGCUACGUCGGUCAACGAUCGGAACAAUUUUAAAGGAUAAGUGCUAUGGAUGAGGGGAAAAGAAGUGGCCCUCACUGUGAGGACGAGAGACCAGGAGCUGGGGCAGGGGGUCCAAGGGAGACUGACCACCCACUGCUAUACAGGAAUGGGGAUCACCACCAGGACCAGAAAACCUCUUCAAACAACACCACAAGGAGGGAGCCCCCAGCGAUGACUGCACUGAACAACUUAAUGCAGAUAAAGUGUGCAGCUCCCAAGGUCACCGAGCAUGGGGAACAAGUUAUAACAAUCCGCCUCGUGAAUGUAUUGGAUCCGGUCUCUUCCAGCUCAAGACACGUUUCUGUCCCAGGCAAUGAAGCUACUGCUGCACCGUUGUUGCCCCGGGACAAAGCGAGCCCCUCUCACAAGUUUGCCACAGCACUCACCAACCGACAACGAGGGAAUGAACCUUCGUCCGUCCCGGCCAACUUGGACACUCUGUCCAUUCAUCAGUUAGCGGCACAGGGAGAUCUUUCCCAGCUCAGUUCCUGCCUGCAGCAAGGGAGCACGCUACUCAACGCGCCAGACGAGCGGGGCUUCACACCACUAAUGUGGGCUGCAGCGUUUGGAGAGAUCGCUGUCGUGAGGUUUCUGCUGGAGAUGGGAGCUGACCCAAGCAUCCUGGCGAAGGAGCGGGAGAGCACGCUGUCUCUGGCCAGCAUCCAGGGCUACACAGACAUUGUCUUGCUGCUCCUUGAGCAUGGAGUGGACGUCAACAUUUACGACUGGAAUGGAGGCACACCAUUGCUGUAUGCUGUACACGGGAACCACGUGCGGUGUGUGGAAGCCCUGCUGGCCAGGGGUGCGGAUCUGACGAUGGAGGCGGAUUCUGGAUACAGUCCGAUGGAUCUGGCUGUAGCUCUGGGCUUCAAGAAAGUCCAGCAAGUAAUUGAAAAUCAUGUACUGAAGCUGCUCCAGAACAGCAAAGAAUAAUCACAGUACAAGUGGUCGACCCCCGGGGUGGCAAUGACGAUCUUGCCGUUACUCCCAGCCUACAGCCUACCAGCACCCUCCCAUUGCUGUCGUCUGUUGUGGAUGAAAUGUAAUCAACUGGCCGUGAACCUGCUGGAUCACAGUGCUUUGUGCAGUGCAGGAGCAGUUAGACUUUUAACUGGUGGCAAUGUCUGUUGUUUGGCACUGGUCUGGAGAAGGCAACCUGCAGAUUUCUAACAUGCAAACAAGACAUUAAAGUUUAUUUUUUUAAUAUGC